AUGACGGGGCUCGACCCUGAGAACGAAACCAUCAUGUCUCUGGCCUGUUUCGUUACUGACUAUGAUCUGAACAUUCUGGACGACUAUGGGUUUGAGGCGGUAGUCCAUCACAGCAAAGAGCAACUGGAGCAGAUGGGGGAGUGGUGUACGAAACAUCAUGGCGAAUCAGGUCUCACCCAAGCCUGCAUUGAUUCGACUAUGACAGCAGAAGAAGCAGCUGAGGGACUCCUGCAAUACAUCAGAAAGCAUGUACCUGAACCGCGGAAGGCUCUCCUUGCUGGCAAUUCUGUGCAUGCCGACAAGUCUUUCCUCGUGAAAUGGCCAUACAACUCCAUCGUUGAUCAUUUACACUAUCGCAUCCUUGAUGUCAGCAGCAUCAAGGAGGCCGCUCGCCGUUGGGCGCCUCGAGACACGCUCAGGAAGAUACCAAAAAAGAAGAUGCUUCAUGAAGCUCGCGCCGACAUUUUAGAGAGCAUAGCGGAAGCCAAGUUCUACCGCCAGACCUUUUUCGUCUAG